AUGACCCGGAAUAACGCGUUGGCAAUGCUGUCGCAAGAGUCCCAGGUGGCCGUCACCGAGCUAGUGCCUAAGCCUGCUCGUCAACCGUCGACUUGGUAUGCGUGGAUGUGCUGGCAAGCAAUAUGGUACUCAAGUGAGGCUUGCGGCGUAUUAGGCUCGAAAGUUGGUCACCCCACGUGA